AUUAAAUUUAAUUUCUCUCUCUCUUCCUCGUGUUUGCCAUAGCUCCCCCCUUUAUAAGUGGAUCAUGUCACAGGCCCGAGAGACGCAGUAUAAGUACAAGGGUCGCUCCAAAGGCGUUGAAUCCCGACUGAAGGGGAAGGCUCUUGAUUCUAAAAGACAGAGAGAAGAGUUGCUCUCAGGGAGGAGGAGAGCUGCACUCCUUGAAAUUAAUGAAGAAAUAAUGGCGGAGGAAGAGAUUCAAGAAAAGGGGACUGGUGCUACUGGUAAAAAGAAGACGAGUGACGAUAGAAAAGAAGAACUACUGAAAUGGAAAAAGGAGAGGGACAGGAAAAAGCAAAAGGAACAAAAAAAGGCUAAUGCCAAACCUGCUUUCGUCGUUGGAAAAGCAAAUAUCUCAUCAAAUCGAAAGGUUCCCCUUCCUGUUGAGCCGAGUAGUACAGCAACAGUUAAAGAAGGUCCUUCUAAAAAAGGAGGGAAAAGAGUAACAGAACCGCCUGGCAAUGCCAAGAGAGAGGAGUUGGGAAGAAAGAGAGUUACUGGUUCAAGGCAACCGGAUAAAGUUCAAAAGCCGGCCACACGAUCUUCGGUUCGUUUACAAACCGCAAAAUCAAAGGAAACUAAAGCCGUGAAGCAAUCCACCAAAAAACAAUUGACUGCUGAAUCAUCAAAAUCCACCAAUUCUAAACGAGAAAUCACAAAAGAGCUCUCUCCUCACCCUCCUCCUUGUAUUGAUAAAUCUGAUUUGCAACGUGACUCCGUAUUGUCGUCGGCAUGGAUACCUGGAGCUCCGCCCACACCUCAGUGUGCUAGUCAGAAUGCUCGUCCUAAUUUUGAGCAGUUCUUUUCCAAGCAAGUCUUUAGCCCAUUUCAAUUUAAAGGGCAGACUGGAGGCGAGACUAAUACAGGCAAAGCUCAAAGUAUUUUUACAUUUCGUAAAGAAUUCAGAGAAGAAGACAUUAUUAAACGUAUCGAAGAUGAUUCCAUUAGCAAUAUAGAGGAAGAGAAGAGGGAAGAAAAGGAAGCGGCUGUGCCGGCCACAGAUGACACAGGUAGAGGAAAGUCAGCUAAAAAAGAAGUGAAAGGAGGUGGUAGAAAGAGGAAUUUAAAGAAGCGACAGAAUGAAAGGACAGAGAAGGAAAGUGAUGACGAAGAAGACCUAGAAACCAUAGACACAGGUACAAAGAUAGGAAGAGAAGAAGAGCCGGUAGAUGAACUACCUACUAAUGUCAGGAUGUCUGACACGUCCAUUGAAGCUAUUAACGUAUCCGUAGCACACAACAACAAUUAUACCAAUCAGCAAUUAGAAGAAGAGAGACAGAGUUCUACCGAUCCACCAGCUAGCGCACACACUCAAGAUUUGUCUCCGCCCGUCACUAACUUUGCCCCGCCCACAACUGACGUGACUCCGCCCUCUGAAGGUUUGGCGACUGAUGCUACAGGUAAUGACAGUGGGUUUGAUCUGGUACCAUUUUAUAAGCGUCAUACCGACGUCACUCAACGAUUUAAUGCACUCUGUGCUGAGUGGGAUGAUAAACUCUCGCAGUUAGAGGACGACGGAGAGAAGGAAGAAGACGCUGGUCGUCCAAGUGAUGAAGUGAUAGGUGAUAUUAGGACAACGGUGUGUCAGGCUAAGCUACUCAUGAGACAAAAAUUGAAACAGUAUCUCGAAUUGGUCCAACAAGCUGAGGACCCUGCGGCUGAGCAUAAAACAAUGGCUGAAGAUCUCCAAGGGUUCUGGGACAUGGUGUACUUCCAAGUUGAGAGUAUUUAUAAGAAAUUCUCUUCAUUUUCCGAAAUGGAAUCCAAUUCGUGGAAGACAGUCGUGACACCAGCUGAAGAUGGAGACUCAACUACAUGUAAACCUCGUCGUAGCAAAAGGGGAGCCUCCAAGGCCAAACGUGGCGGCAGUAAGACUGGAGCUUCAUCCGCCAUUUCUGAGCGACUCAAGGCAGCGAGAGCGAAACGAGAGGCUGAGCGUCUGAAAAUAAGAGAAAUGAGACAAGCCUUUGCGGCUGCUUCCAAGACAAAAGAAGAAGAGGAAGUACCACCAGCCCCUGUUACACCUGAAAAGAAAGAUAAUAUCGCCGAGAGCCCUUUCCCAGAUCUCAUAUCGUUUUCUCCAGCUCCGUCUUCCCUCCGACCUCCCACCACUCCUAAGUCUUUACUAAAAACACCACAGUCAGCUAGCAAGUCAAAGAGCAGCUUGAAAAAGCGCCUGUCCUCUAUACCAGAUCCAGUUUUCGAGGUUGAUAAAAGUCACGAAACUGAGGGGGCAUUUAUGACUAAACUAGUACAAAUUAACGCAUCAAAGAAAAUGAUUAAAGAUUUUGAUACCAAUCUGAUCAUGUCACCUGCUCGUCGCUCGAAGCGUUUGUCGACAAGAAGAAGAUCUGAGCUCAUUGUUAGUUCAAUUUCCGAGAUACCCAACGACCGCAAUAAUGUUGCUUACCUUCCCAAUGAGGCUUUAAUUGAUUGAAAGAAAGAACUCAAUGUUGUUUUAUUACUGUAUACUCAGUGUCAUUAACUGUAUCAAUUUAGAAUAUAAUUAUUGAUCACGCUGCAAAGUGAUUCAUGUA